UCAUCACUUCUUUUCUAAUUCUUAUCGGCGAGCAGUGCGUGCGAGCUCGCCAAGAUGGUGAACAACAGAGUACCGUCGGUAUUUUCAAAGACGUACGUGACACCUCGUCGUCCUUUUGAAAAGGCACGUCUUGACCAAGAGUUGAAGAUCAUCGGAGAGUACGGUCUCCGCAACAAGCGUGAAGUAUGGCGCGUCAAAUACACGCUCGCUCGUAUCCGUAAGGCUGCUCGUGAGCUCCUCACCCUCGAGGAGAAGGACCCCAAGAGAUUGUUCGAAGGUAAUGCCCUUCUACGUCGUCUGGUUCGUAUUGGAGUACUGGAUGAAAAACAGAUGAAACUCGAUUAUGUGCUUGGUCUGAAGAUUGAGGACUUCUUGGAGCGUCGUCUGCAGACGCAGGUGUUCAAAGCUGGCCUGGCGAAGUCCAUCCAUCAUGCCAGAAUUUUGAUCCGGCAAAGGCAUAUUCGUGUCCGCAAGCAAGUUGUGAACAUCCCAUCAUUUAUUGUGCGCCUGGACUCUGGCAAGCACAUUGACUUCUCUCUGAAAUCUCCAUUCGGUGGAGGUCGUCCUGGACGUGUCAAGAGGAAGAACCUCCGCAAGGGACAGGGUGGCGGAGCCGCCAAUGAUGAAGAGGAAGAUUAAUAAGACAAUAAAUAUAUAUAAUUAUUAAA